AUGCGUGUUAUAACAAGCAUAUUUCUGGUAUUGGAAGGGUUAAAUAAAAUUUCAACAAGACUCAAAAAUAUAUAUAAAAACCAUUGCAAUAUAACAACUGUAAUAUUACUGUUAAUGCCAAUAAAGUUGGAACCCUUCUUUUUAUCUACUGUUGCACUCUAUAUUAAAGGCACAACACAAUUUAUGGUGUUUAGAAAAGUAAGUAAAAACGUCGAAGAAGCUCUUAAAAUGCUACACAUCAAUCCAUAUGGUGUAGUCUCGUAUUUACCAUUUCUAUUGAUUUCUCUUCCGAAUAUCAAUACGCUUUAUCUCAAUGCAUUGAAUGUCCAAAAUGAGUUAAAUAAACAACAAUUACAGCAAAUUACUUGGAUUGACUCAUCUGCCUCCAUUUGUCAUUUACUUAAUAUUAACAAAGAAAUUUCUUUCAAAGUGACAUCUCUGAGAUUAUCUGCAAAGGUGUCACUCUGCCAAUAUCUAAACAACUUCCCAAAUCUUCGAAAGUUAAUAAUAGAAAACGCAGAGUAUCUCAAUACAAUUAAAGUUUGGUAUUUCAAAUCACUUAAAGUUCUCAAAACACUUGUUUUGUACGUAGACUCUUUUUAUUCGUAUACAAACGACAUUGAAGAGAUGUUGGAUGAAUUAGAAAAGUUGUUAAAAGAGAAUAAAUAUCUUACCAUCACUAUAGUGUCCAAGUCUACAAAAUGUUUAAAUAGAGUCUCGGAUAUCAACUUCUAUAAUUUUCCUGAACUUUUUGAACCACAUGAUCGUGUUUUAAACGUGAAAAAACAGGUUAUAAUAAACAAUGAUAAAAUGAAUCCAACAAAUAUAAACGAAAUUGUUCAAAAUAAAGAAUUUACUUAUGUGAGAGACUUGGAAGUGUCAUGUCAGUCUUUUGAUGGCGAAAAUUUCGAUGUUUCUAAAAUGAGUUUAAAAACACUAAAAAUAAAUAUAAAAAGCACAAAACUACUUUAUGUAUCAAUUCCAUCUAUGUUGGAAAAGAUUACUGUUUUAGCUCCAAAUCAAAGUAUCUGCAUCCAAACAGAAAUAUUUAGAUUUUCAUUUAUAGAGUGUGAAUUUGAUUGUAACAUUGCCUUUUGUGACAAAAAGCGAUAUGUUGGGAAAACACAAUUUUUCAAUUUAAAGAACACCAAAAGUCUCAAAUUGAAGUCCCAAAAAUACUUUUACGAAUUUGGCACUGAAAUGAAACUACUUAAAGUUUUUAACAUUUGCUGCCCUUUUAAACAGCUUGACUUUUCGUUUCACUCAUUUGAACAAAGUUACAAUUCCAAACAACAAACAAUGCCUCUUUUUGUUGUGAAAGAUGUUGGGUGUUGUAGAAAGUUGAUAUUUGGAUAUAAAAGCGACACUAAUAUUUUGUAUUAUUCAAAUUCGGCAGUUGAUGUUUAUGGCAAAUGUUAUAAUCUCAAACUGAUUGGGAAAAUUGGGAAAAUAUAUGACUACAAUAUUAAACAAUUUGACAUUGAAAACGUUGAAAGUCGCACCGAAUUCAUUUUAAAAAAUACAGAAGAAAAGAAGUCUAUAAUUACCGAAAAGGCAGUGAUUAAAAAUAAUGAUAACAUUUAUUUACUUGUUUUUAAAACCAGUGAAUACGAAAAAAUUAAGAAAGACAAUGAGUUGUUAAAUUAUUUAAAAUCUAAUUUGUUGUGUAACUGGCAUUAUGAAACAAAAAUGUGCGACCACAUUUUAUUCCCAAAUAGUAAAAAACUACUCAAAACAAGUCAAGUCUUACCUAACAGCGAAUUUAAAUGUAAAAUUGAAAAGGAUGAAAUUGUUGUUUAUGUUGAUUUAUUUAGAACGACAAAGUAUCUUGACGAUGUUCCAAGACUCAAAAUACCAUCAAAAUCGAAAAAAGCAAAAAGAAUUGAAAAAGCACCAAAAAUAGACAGGUUUAAAUAUGAAGAAUGGAGAGUUAUACAAAAUAAACCAAAAAUGUGUGUUGGAAUGUAUAGAAGUGAAACGACAAAUGAAAUUAAAAACACCACAAUAUGUGACGUAUUAGAUGAAUAUUGGAUUGAAAACGACUCUUUUGAUACAGAAGAAAAUGAUGGUUUAAAUUAUAUUUUCUGUUUUUAUUGCCGUGUAAUUACAAAAUUUGAUCAUAUUAUUUGUAUUAUAAUUUUAAUCAAAUUGAAAAUAUUAUUUUGUGGUUCAAUGUCCACCGAACAAUUUGAUGUGAUUACUAAAUGUUGGAGUACAAUUCCAACUGAGAGAAUUGAAAUUGAAAAAGUUGUCAACUUGAUAAACGGCUUGAUGAAUAAUUGA